AUGCCCGGCAUGUUGUCGCAAGCGUCGAUAUCUGCAACAUUUCUCCUCCUCCUAGCGUCGCUCCCGUCCAGCACGCCCACCUGCUUCCUCCCCAACGGCACCGCGCACCAGGACGAAGGAACUUCGCGCUGUUCCUCCAUAUCUGGCUCCCCACUCUACAACACAUGCUGCCAGACGCAAUGGCCGAAUCCACCGGGCGGCGAUGUUAUAAACGGCCCUACGGCGGAUGAAUGCAUGCCGAACGGGCUGUGUCAGAACAGAGGCUUCAGCAGCGCACCUGGCCAAGAGGCAGAGCCGUGGACGCACUUCUACCGGGUUUACUCACCGGUAGCGACGGGGACGGGAACGGGCGAGGAACCCACGCCAUCAUCCGACGCAGCGAACCUACCUGGCCAGAACGAAGAGCAGAAGGAUGAGGGCAAAUUGAACUCGGGACGCAACAUCGGUAUCGGCGUAGGUGUCGGCGCUGGAGUUGGAGCUUUGCUGGGUAUUGCAGUGACCAUUCUACUGCGAAGACGGAAGUCGAAGCAGAAGACUCGGGAGAUUGAAAACGAGAUUGCAGAAGAGAGGCAGAAGCAGGAUCUAGCCAAAGGGUACCACCACGUGGCUGAGAUGCCGCAUCAGGAACCGGUGUACGAGCUUCACGAUGGGAACAGAGCUGAUCUGGAGUUGGAUGGGGCGAACAAGGCGCAGUCGUCCAUGUAUCGUUAA